ACAGAUUGUAUUAUAUAAAUAAGACUUUUUUUCAGAACCUUGUACACAAGAUGAGAAAGACAAAUGCUACAAAAUAGGUGCUGAUUGUUUUAACAUUUAUGAGAAUAAUGAAGCCAAACCUGAUUGUCAGUGUAAACCUUCCUAUUAUAAAGGAGAUGAUGGAAAUUGUACAUUUGCAAAGACUUACAGAAUAUCCUUGAUGUUACUGAACAAGUAUAAUUUUGUUACUUCUUUAAAACAACAUUCUGAUUCAUCCCAUAACAAAAAAGUGCAGAAGGAUAUUGAGGAUGCUUUGCUUGGUGUUUAUGGAAACAAUUUUAAAAGAGCAGUGAUAGAGAGUUGUGAUCCUAAAAAUGAUAAAAUUGAGUGCGAUAUUUUACUUAUGUUUGGAAGUACUGAAUAUCCAGAUCGGUUAAACACUAACCAAACUUGUUUUUCAUCUGAUGAUACAGAAUUAUGUCUCAUCCCACCAAAAGUAGUUGUGGAGAAGAAAAUAUUGGAAAAAGUUGCUUUUAAAGAAGUUACUGAAGUAUGUUCCCACAAAUCCUUUUGCACUUCACCAAAAGUCUGUGAAAUGAAUAAUGAGAAGUUUCACUGUAAAUGUCCUAAAGAAUACUUCACUGUUGAAAGCAAGGAUUAUGCUGACAUAGGAGUAGACGACAUCUGUAAUGGUGAGUACUACUUAAAUUGUUUUGUGCCCAUGAAUUUGAAGUUCAUCCAGGACCCAGCUAACAUCAUUUUGGAAUAA